AUGCUCACUGAAUAUGAUCCACAUCAUGGUCAGAAUGACCAUCAACAGCAGCAACAACAACGUUCAACAAUGCUUGAACGUGGUCGAGCUGUAAAAUUAAUGAGAAAUGGAGAUUUAUAUUUUCCUGGACGUUCAUUCGUUAUAAAUCAACGCAAAUAUCCAAUGCUUGAAGUUUUGUUAGAUGAUGCAUCACAAGCAUUACGGGCCAAUUUUGGUGCAGUAAGAUGUAUUUAUACACCUAAGAAUGGUACCCGAUUACAUGAUAUAUCUGAGUUAGAAGAUCAUCGAACUUACGUUGCAUCUGGAGGUGAAAAAUUUAAAAAACUUCAUUAUCUUGAUAUUGCAGAAGGUAAACGCGUUCAAAGUAAAGAUCGAAUGCAACCUAAAUUACCACCUGUUCGACGUCUUGACGUUGAAGGGCGAGCAUUAAAAUUAUCUCGAUCAGAAAAUGUUAUUAUUUAUGUCUAUCGAAAUGGUGAUCCUUUAACAUUACCAGCAAAAAUUCUUUUGGUUAAAACAACAUUACAAAAUUGGGAAUCCGUUCUUGAUGAAAUUACUAGAAAAAUAUCACCUACAAAUUCGGCUGUAUUAAAAUUAUAUGCAAUGAAUGGAGAAUUAGUAACAUCAUCUCAACAACUUGAAUUCAAUGGAAUGUAUGUUGCAGCAGGAAAAGAACGUUUUAAACGUAUUGAAUAUCCCGAUCCAAAAUCCUUCAGUCCAAAUUCAUCACCAAAAAUGUCAAGAAAAUCUGAUCGUGCUCGAAUGAGAUUACCUGCCCGACAAAGGAGAGUAGAAGAUUAUAAUGAUGAUCAUCCAUCAACGCACAUGCUUCAUUCCAUACAAGACAGAUAUACGAAAUCGGAUGGAACAAAUACACAUACGACAACAGCAAAUUCGCAUGGAAGUAUUGAACAUGCUGGACAUCGGCGCCCUGUUCGAGAAGAAUAUGACUUUUUCAAUAACAAACCACAACAACAUCGACGUGGUCCAACUAAAGAAACAGAUCUUGAUCGAGAUGAUGGAGGUAUUUAUAAAGGUCGUUUAAAUCAUCGAGAACAUGUACGUGAAAUCGAUGAAACACGUGAUACAAAAGUUGAUUUGCCAGUAGAUUAUCGAGAAGUUGAAACUGUUGAAGAAGAAAGUUUGUAUGGCAAUACAGGAAAAACACCUCGUCGUCUUCAUCAACCACCAAGCCAACCAAAGACCAAUCAAGCUUUUGCCGAUUCGCCUCAACGUUCACCACCAGUACGAUCAGUAAAAACUCCACCAAAGAAUUAUGAUGAUGAUGAUAAAAAUAACGAUAGAUUUGGAAUGAAUAACGGCUAUCAACAUAAGAAUGAUCAUAAUAAUAAUACAAAUAACAAAGGUUUUGAUGAAGAUUAUCAGCGUCGUACGCCCCCAGCACCAACACAUGUAGAUGAUGAAAUAAAUGAUGAUCGAGACGAACAACAAAUACCUCAUUCAACUCGUCAGAAACAGAUUUCUUCACCAAGUACACAGGUAUGGUUACGUGUGAACUGA